GCUCGUAGAAGAGGUAGAGGUAGAGAAGUCUCGUAGAGGUAGAGGUAGAGAAGUCUACCGAAGUAGAUGGAAAAAGAGACCAGUAGAGUGUGACUGGUUGGUUAUAUGGUGUGAUCAAGGAGUAGUGCUACGUUUUCAGUAUUAUAUUGUUGUGCUCGCCAUGACGUUGGUUUGAAAUUGUAUUUCAAAAUAUUAAUCCCGAUGUUGGUCGCAGGACUGUGCCAAUGUAGUUUUCAUGCUUUUAACGAGGAGAGAAUCCGGGGAGGCAAUUCGUGGAUACCGAAGAAAGCUUCAAACACGUUUGAAGCUUUCGAGGUCGUAUUCAUGGAACUAUGAACCUGGACUCGUUGUCUUUUACUUUGUCACAAAUCAGUUAUUUGGUUGCGAAUUUAAAUAAGAAAAAUUUUCGGGACAGCUGCCAGGAAAUAUCAGUUCUGGUGCAGUGGAAGGGUUUGGAGGCAGACAGACAUUUGCUGCGCUCUUUACUCUCGAGUAUCGACUUCUCAACAGGAGAACCGCCAGAAUCAAGUGCAAAAGAUUACUUUCAAGUGCAACUUCUCAAACAAGAGUGUACUAAUCUUCUUAGCAAACCAUCUUUUAUUUCUAAUCUGUGUUUUGCUAUUGACCAUCCAUUUCAUCAACAAAAGACCUUACAACCAUCGCCGAAGUUUUUUUUAUGUUUAAAAAAGGGACUUAGCUUAACUCUGGUACAAGAAGUUGCAUUUGCGAUUGCCUUGCUGCACUCAGAGAAUACUGAAAUUCGUACAUUGGCCCUAGAGCACGUACAAAAGCAGUUGCCUGAAUUGAUAAAAAAUUAUAUUAAUUCUGAGUCAAGCAAUAGACAUCAAGAAGAGGGAUUGCACGAUUCGUUGCCCGAAGUCCUUCACCUUAUAUUAUCUCAAGCACUUCAUUCAGCCAAUCACUUUGGCCUUUUGCCCGAAGCAAAGGAAAAAUUUCUCAAGAAUCUAAGGCGCGAUUUUCCCCGUGAGCUGGUACCAGUGGUGCUAGCACCACUCUUGUACCCAGACAACGGGGAAACUCCGCAAACCAAAAUUGAGUUAAACAUGGCUGUUAACCAAAUGGAUGGCAAUUCUCUAGUAGAAUUGAUUAUGGAAUUGGGAUAUGGAUUUACUAGCAGUGUUGAAGAUUGCCGAUCAGCCUUAGCUGGCCUAGGAGCUCGGGAAAUUUCUCCAGCAUGUGCCGCGAGAGUUUUAUCUCAUAUGGCACGCAGCUGGAACAGUCUUGACGAUGCUGGAGGACUACAAUCGUUUUGGGGUAAUUCAGGAACUGCACAGGAUGCGAAGGAAAAAUCGAACGAUAGUGCUGCUCCAACUACAUGGAACGUCGAAGUUUUUGUUCAAGCUUUAAAAGAAAUUCAAUCUACACUAUCCUGGAAUGAUGUGAUAGUCAAGUUGGAUCAUGCAGAUUUUAUUAUUAAAGACAGACAAGGAUUGAAUCUGCUGAUUACAGGAUUGAGAUUGGGUUUGCAACAUCAAGGCUACCCGCCGGAUAUAUUUCCCGUAGAACUUUUUUACCGUCAUUGGGACAACGUAGAAGGACAGUUUUCUUUAGUGCAACAAGUUCUGAAAUAUCCUGAUAUAUUUUGUUUCGCUGAUUACCCAUAUCAUUCUGUAACCGUCGAUGUAUUAAAAGCAGCACCGGAAAGUGACAGUAAAGAGGCACAAACUUGGAGAUCGUUGAAUGUAGUUGAACUACUUUUGCAUAUGGCUGAAAGAGGAUUGUACGGGCCAGUUCAAGAAAUCUUCAAAUGGCCAAUUCAGCACUGCCCCGAUGUUCUUGUAUUAGCAUUAUUACAAAUUAAUGCUCCAAUCACUAUACUUAGACAAGAAUUACUUAGUACAUUAAUGCCUAUCUUCCUCGGGAAUCAUCCGAACUCUGCUGUUAUUCUGCAUCAUGCAUGGCAUGGGAAUACAGUUAAAAUCAAAUCUAUUAUCAUGCAUGCUAUGGCAGAUUGGUAUAUACGAGGAGAUCACGAUCAGACACGAUUAUCUCGUAUUCUUGAUGUUGCUCAAGAUCUGAAAGCAUUAACGUAUUUGUUAACUGCUCAAUCAUACCCAUUUGUUAUUGAUUUGGCUUGUUUGGCAUCGAGAAGAGAAUAUUUAAAACUAGAAAAAUGGUUAACCGAUAAGAUCAGAGAGCAAGGAGAGGUUUUCGUUGCUGCUUCUGUAAAAUUUUUACAAAGACGUUGCCCCCAAGUGAUGGGACCUGGAAUAAAGGAGGAUCUUACAGUGCCGAAGGCGAGUCAACUUCCACAAGAAACAUUGACAACAAUGCUUGCUUGUCUACAAGUCUGUGCUGGGAGUGUAUCGCAAGAAUGUUCCGAGGCAAUAAUGACAAUGGUACAAAACUGUAGUCUAAUGUUGAGUAAAAACACAAUGAGUAGACCACCACCGCCAGGAGUUUUGCGACACCGUGCGUUGGAACCUUUCAAUCCAGCUGCUUUAGGAGGCCAGCUGUUUUCUUCGAAACAAGUGGACCCACUUGGAAAUUUAAGUUCAAGCCUUGCAUCUAUGGGUUUGGGUUCUAGUUUGGGUCCACCCAGUAGUUCCGCGUUUAAUUUGCCAGGUGCUCUUGGACCUUUGGUAUCUCCUGGCUCUCCUUCUCGUCUUAUGGGACCUUCUCCAAGCCCGUUCCCAAUGUUGCCAUUAUCGUCGCAAUUGCAUUCAGGACCAGUCGGCACGCAAGGACCAUCCGUUCUACCUGGAAGUACAACGAUCGGCGGAUUAGGUCGACUUGGACCACCGACAGGCAUCGAGAAAGCAAGAAUACCUGAAACGUCGAACUUGUUUCCUGACAUGACGCAAAACGUUUCCAAAGAAAUUGAAGACGAAGCGAACAGCUAUUUCCAGCGAAUAUACAAUCAUCCACCGCAUCCUACUUUAUCAAUUGACGAAGUCCUCGAUAUGUUAAAGAAGUUUCAAGACUCCGGAAGUAAACGGGAAAGAGAAGUGUUCAACUGUAUGUUGAGAAACUUAUUCGAGGAAUAUCGAUUUUUUCCUCAAUAUCCCGAUAAAGAGCUACAGAUCACGGCACAACUGUUUGGUGGAAUUAUUGAGAAAGGAUUGAUCAAUAGUUACGUGACACUAGGAUUAGCCUUAAGAUUUGUGUUGGAUGCGCUUAGGAAAUCAGAAGGCAGCAAGAUGUAUUACUUUGGCAUAACAGCUCUGGAUCGUUUCAAGAGUCGUUUAAAAGACUACCAAACAUACUGUGAGCACGUCAGGGCAAUCCAACAUUUCAGUGAGUUCCCACCACAUUUAAUUGAGUAUAUAGAAUAUGGAUUACAGGGGCAGGAGCCUCCCACAAGACCUCAAGGUCCAGUCCUUCCUAAAACUUUAGCAGCUAUGCUGGCACCAGUUACUACAACAUACAAAACUAUCACGACAACAACAAUAACGACAAGUACUACUCAAGCAAAAUCGUCUACGACUCCGACCACUUCUCUCUCGGCCAGACCCUCCAUUGCUAAUGCAACAAACAUUGAUACGUUAUUAGUAGCGACAGAUAAAGAAGAAAAAAUCACGUCACCGCCGGAAGCUUUACAAGAUAAAACUGCGUUUAUCUUUAACAAUCUUAGUCAACUGAAUCUGCAGCAGAAAUGUGACGAAAUUAGAGAAAUUGUCACGGAAGAGUAUUGGCCUUGGAUGGCUCAAUACUUAGUGAUGAAGCGUGCGAGCAUAGAACUAAAUUUUCAUGCUUUAUAUUCGAAUUUCCUGGACUGUUUAAAGUUGCCAGAUAUAUACAAAAUGGUGACGAGAGAGACGUUUAGAAACAUAAAAGUUUUGUUACGGAGCGAUAAAGGGAUAGCAAAUUUUUCAGAUCGUUCGCUUCUGAAAAAUCUAGGCCACUGGCUAGGAAUGUUGACCCUUGGAAGAAACAAACCCAUUUUACACAUCGAUAUUGAUCUAAAGAGUCUACUUGUUGAGGCGUACCAUAAAGGUCAGCAGGAACUUCUUUACGUGGUUCCUUUCGUGGCUAAAGUACUUGAAAGCUGUGCGAAAAGCCGUGUUUUUCGGCCACCUAAUCCUUGGACAAUGGCAAUUAUGAACGUAUUGGCAGAAUUGCAUCAGGAGCCCGACUUGAAAUUGAAUUUAAAAUUUGAAAUCGAAGUGUUGUGUAAAAAUUUAAGCAUCGACGUCGGGGAAUUAAAACCUGCGCUUUAUCUGAAAGAUCCAGACAAGUUGCGAAACUUGGAAUACCAAUUAUCUCAUCCUAAUAAGAAAUCUGAAUCGAACAAUAAUCAACAGCAGACUCAAGGUCCUAUUGAAGAACUAGUUGAUCCUGGCACGACCGGAACGAUCGUCCCACAAAAUGCCCCAGCAAAUACGACACCGUCUUUGCCUAUCGGUCCGCCAGAGCCACGUUUCAAUUAUAUGGAUAUAUCCGUAACAGGCAUUGCUAAUAUUUCUCAGCACAUUACGAUCAACAACAAUCUACCACUGUUCCAAGCGCAUCCGCAUUUGAAGCAAUUGGUUCGCCCAGCCGUUGAGAGAGCAAUACAAGAGUGGAUUCAUCCUGUGGUCGAUCGGUCCAUCAAAAUAGCCUUGACCACCAGCGAACAAAUCGUGAGGAAAGAUUUCGCGUUGGAUCCAGAAGAAGUUCGAAUGAGAACUGCGGCGAGGCACAUGGUCCGUAACUUGACCGCUGGAAUGGCUAUGAUCACCUGCCGUGAUCAAGUUUUAACGUCAAUUGGUACACAUUUGAAACAAGCUUUGAUGCAAGCUUUGAUGGGCACUACCACGCCGCAACAAAAGGAACUCAUAGAACAAGCAGCUAAUGUGGUAGCUGCCGACAAUAUGGAGCUUGCCUGCGCGUUUGUACAAAAGACAGCGAUCGAGAAAGCUAUUCCAGAGAUGGAUAAACGACUGUUGAAUGAAAUCGAAUUGCGGAAGAUUGCACGUCAAGAAGGGAGGAGGUAUUGCGAUCCGUUGGCUAAAUAUCAAGCUGAAAGGAUGCCUGAACAAAUAAGAUUAAAAGUAGGCGGUGUAACACCUCAACAGAUGUCCGUUUACGAAGAGUUUGCAAGAAAUAUUCCCGGAUUUUUGCCACUCUCUGAAAGGGAUACGCAAGCUUUACUAAUGCCAAAACCCGUUACAGAACCUACUGUGACUGCAUUUGCUGCAAAUCCAGCAGUUGCAGUUGCAACGGCACAACAGGUUGCUGCGUACGCAGCAGCAGUGAGCAACGACGAAGUCGGAGCUAUGUUGGAAAAGCUUGCAACCGAGGUCGAAGUGUUGCUUGCUACGAUGGGACCUGCACCUCAACUAGGUCCUACUCCACAACACGCGGCUCUUCAUGGUCUCUUGGAGUCUAUUAUACUAACACGAAGAUCGAGAGAUGCAGGAGCUGCAAUGGCGUUACUUAAAAAGGCUGUGGAAGGGUUAUUAGACGGCCCGAUUUCCAGUGGUGUAAUAGAUUCCGAAAUUAUGCGGUACAGAGAACUUCAUUUACGCAUUUUGAAGUGUCUCCAAGAUCCACGCGCUUAUGGAAUGCAGUGGACGAACAAACAUGUCACACGAUGUUUAACAGAAUGCAGAGAGGAGUUCCGAUACAAUUUCGAAGCUGUCGAUUACCUUAUCAGGUCUCACUUAAUCAGUCUUCCACAAUACGAUUUAGCUUUGGCUCAAGCUAUUGAUUCUGGUAAUGCCAUGGCUACAGCGUUUGCUAUGCAGUUGAUUCAGGUUUACUUAAUUGACGAGAGACAAACCACACACGUUACCGAAUCUGAUCUAUUUCACACGAUUGAGAUACUUGCCAGGAUUGCUCAUCAUCGAGCACCACCCGAAGGAAUUUCAUUGUACAAAUUAACAAGUUUAAUGGAGUCUCUACGCGCUAAUCACGAUCCUGGAGUGUUAGCAGAUAGAGCUCCGGCCGGCCCUACGGCCCAUAUUCAUUCUGGGAUUCUGCAGGUGAGAGCUCGCGACUUUGAUGACCCACCUGGAUUGCUGGAGAAAACAGAAUAUUUACUGCGCGAGUGGAUCUCGAUGCACCACAGCCCAACGCACGCCCGUGAUCCUACGAAAGCGUUCGGGAUAUUCGUCCACCAAAUGAAUAUUCACGGAAUCCUUAAAACCGAUGAUCUCAUAACAAGAUUCUUCAAAUUGAGCACUCAGAUGUGCGUCGACCUGUGUUAUCGUGCUUUAACUGAGACGAAUGCCGCACCGUCUGUUGUCCGUGCAAAGUGUUUCCAUUCGUUAGACGCUUUUGUUCGUCUGGUCGCACUGUUGGUAAAGCAUUCUGGUGAUAGUACAAAUACUCAUACGAAGAUUAAUUUACUGAACAAGGUCUUGGGAAUCGUGGCCGGUGUAUUACUGCAGGAUCACGAAAUACGUGGGACCGAUUUUCAACAAUUGCCUUAUCACAGAAUCUUCAUCAUGCUCUUCUUGGAGCUCUGCGCGCCGGAGCCUGUAUUGGAAGCUGUCAAUUACCAAGUGUUAACAGCUUUCUGCCAUACGCUGCACAUACUUAGACCAGCGAAGGCUCCAGGAUUUUGCUACGCUUGGCUAGAACUAGUUUCACACAGGGUGUUCAUCGGACGCAUGCUUGCGAUUACACCGCAACAAAAAUGUUGGGGCAUGUACGCGCAGCUGUUGAUUGAUCUCUUCAAGUACCUAGCACCGUACCUUCGUAACGCCGAGCUCGCUAAGCCCGUAACUCUGUUAUACAAAGGCACUCUUCGAGUAUUAUUAGUCUUAUUACAUGACUUCCCAGAAUUCCUUUGUGAUUAUCAUUAUGGAUUUUGUGAUGUAAUACCGCCUAAUUGUAUACAGAUGAAAAAUCUUAUUUUGAGCGCAUACCCAAGGAAUAUGCGAUUGCCCGAUCCAUUCACGCCGAAUUUGAAGGUCGAUAUGCUACAAGAGAUAGCUCAUGCCCCACGAGUAUUGACCAAUUUCGCGUCCCAGAUACAACCAUUGAGUUUCAAAAAGGAGCUUGACUCGUAUUUAAGAGCCCGCGCGCCAGUUACCUUCCUCUCUGAACUGCGUAGCAACUUGCAAGUGUCCCAAGAAGCUGGCUCCCGCUACAAUAUUCAGUUGAUGAAUGCGCUAGUGCUCUACGUUGGGACGCAGGCUAUAGCUUUCAUUCGUAGCAAGGGACACACGCCUAACAUGUCGACCAUCGCGCAUUCCGCGCACAUGGACAUAUUCCAAAACUUGGCGGUCGACCUGGACACGGAGGGUCGCUACUUGUUCGUGAACGCGAUCGCGAAUCAGCUACGGUACCCCAAUAGCCAUACGCAUUACUUUAGCUGCACGCUUCUGUACUUGUUCGCUGAAGCUAACACAGAGGCGAUACAGGAACAAAUUACGAGAGUUCUACUGGAGAGACUUAUUGUAAAUAGACCUCACCCGUGGGGUCUUCUCAUCACCUUCGUUGAACUUAUCAAAAAUCCGACAUAUAAAUUCUGGACGCAUGAGUUCGUGCACUGUGCACCAGAAAUUGAAAAAUUAUUCGAAUCGAUAGCACGAUCGUGUAUGGUUCAAAAACAGCAAGUACAGCCGACUCCGGAGCCGGAGAUCCCAGAGUGAUAGGACGCUUUAUUUCUCAUUGUCGAUUUGUGUACAGUAAAAACGAAGGGACAUGAAUGAUAAGAUUCGCGUGUAAAAAGUUGUUAAUCUACGAAUAGAUGUACUAUACUUUGGGCUUAACUUUUUUGGUGGAUAGAUAUUGAAUAAUCGUAUAUUAAGUGUAUCAAUUGAAAUAAGCAAAGCUACUAUUAUGUUAAUAUUUUAAUAAAAAAGAAGUAUUGUUGCAUCGAUCAGAAGGCAACGAACAAUUCAACCUCACAAAACGUGUCUUUCGAACAGUGUACUUGAAACAGUGUGUUACCAUGACAUUGUAAUAAUAUAGCACAAAUGUCAGUAUGAUGCGUAUCAUAAAACGGUGAGAGGAGUUGAAGACAACAAGGGUGUUCAAGAAGUAAUAGUGAACUUUUUUAGUUUGAAUUGAAUAUAAAUGUACUAUGAGUAAGUGAUAAUUAAUUGAGUCAGUACCAAAAUUAAUAUGUCAUGCUAAUGUAAGUCGUUUUAGGGAGUACUUGCAGAAUGUAUGGUGCAUUUGAGAAAUCUGUAAUAUAGUACAUAACUAUUAGUAUACAUUGAUGUAAUUUUUUAAGAAUUGUAGCUAUGGAAGAAGAUAAAGCUGAUUAAUUAAAACGUGGGUUUAUGUGA